AUGAAAGUUUGUGAGAAUGAUAAGAUUAAUAGCAGUGAUGACAUUGAUAAUAGUGAUAAGAAGGAUAACAAUGAUACGAGUGAUAACAGUGAUAACAUCGAUAACAGCGAUAAGAAUAAUAACAAGGAUAACAUCGAUAAGAAAGAUAACAGUGAUAACAUUGAUGACAGUGAUAAGAAUGAUAACAUUGAUGGCAGUGAUAAGAAUGAUAACACCGAUGGCAGUGAUAAGAAUGAUAACACUGAUGACCGCGAUAAGAAUGAUAACGCUGGUGAUAAUGAUCAGGAUGAUAACAAUGAUGGCAGUGAUAAGAAUGAUGGCAGGGCUAAGAAUGAUGACAGUGAUAAGAAUGAUAACAACGAUAACAAUGGCGACAGUGAUAAGGAUGAUAACACUGACAACAAUGAUAAGAACGAUAACAGUGAUAAGAAUGAUAAUGGCGAUAACAUCGAUAACCAUGAUAACAUUGACAACAGCGAUAAGAAUGAUAACAGUGAUAAGAAUAACAACAGCGAUGACCGUGAUAAGAAUGAUAGCAAUGAUAACAAUGAUAAGAAUAAUAAAAACGAUAACAGCGAUAAGAAUGAUAAGGAUGAUAACAUUGGUAACCCCGAUAACAAUGAUAACAUCGAUAACCGCGAUAAGAAUGAUAACAGUGAUAAGAAUAAUAACAGCGAUAAGAAUGAUAACGAUAAGAAUGAUAGCAAUGAUAACAUCGAUAAGAACGAUAACACUGAUAACAAUGAUAGCAGUAAUGAGAAUGAUAAGACUGAUAACAGUGAUAACAGUAAUAAGAAUGAUGACAAUGAUAACAUUGAUAACAAUGAUAACAGUGGUAAUAAUGAUAAUAAUAAUAAUAAGCCGAUAAUUAAUGCAAUGUUGAUGCUAUAG